ACAAAGACCCAUUCAAGUUGUGAAAUCACAUUUCUUUCAAGAUGAAGUUAGAUACAAAAGCAAUGAGAUACCUCAACUCUGAGGAUUGGAGGGUCCUGACCGCAGUCGAAAUGGGAAGCAGAAACCACGAAGUUGUGCCAACUCCCCUGAUAGGCCAAAUUUCCGGGCUUCGUGGUGGCAGCGGCGUCAACAGAAGCAUAGCAAAUCUCGCCAAAGUAGGCUUGAUCGGCAGGGUCAAGAACGCAAGAUAUGACGGAUACAGGCUUACCUAUGGCGGGCUGGACUACCUCGCACUCAAUGCCCACCGGAAGCACGACACUAUCUACAGCGUUGGUACCAGAGUCGGAGUCGGCAAAGAGUCAGAUAUCUAUGCCGCUUGUACCCCUGGGGGCACCCGUAUCAUCCUAAAGAUCCACCGACUAGGGCGCAUUUCAUUUCGACAAGUGAAGCAGACCCGAGAUUAUUUAAGAGGGCGAUCUGCCGGCUCUUGGAUGUACAUGUCACGCCUUGCUGCUGUCAAGGAGCAUAUGUUCAUGAAAGCUCUCUAUGAAAACAAUUUCCCUGUCCCGGAACCGCUUGGCCAAAGUCGACAUACCGUUGUCAUGAGUGAAAUCGACGGAUAUCCAAUGAGGCAAGUGGCAAAGGUCGCGGAUCCCGCCGCAUUAUACGCCGACAUCAUUUCUAUUCUCCUGCGACUAGCCAGGUAUGGACUAAUUCAUUGCGAUUUCAACGAGUUCAACAUUUUGCUCGAGGAAGUGCGAGAGACUACUUUUCGGGAUGAUGAGCAGCCUGAGGAAGUUGUUACUGUCCGUCCGGUCGUCAUUGAUUUCCCUCAAAUGGUCUCCAUCGAUCAUUCAAAUGCUGAGUACUACUUCGAUCGCGAUGUGGCAUGCAUCAAACGUUACUUCGAGCGUCGAUAUAAUUUCAUCAGUGAUGAGCGUGGACCAUUCUUUGCAGAUGCUAUCAAGGACGUGGGCAAAGAUACCAAAAUACCACGAUUGGAUAUUUCUGUGGAGGCCAGUGGGUUCAGCAAGAAGAUGGCUAAAGAAUUGGAAGCAUAUAUGAAAGAUAUGGGUGUUGACGGAGAUGGCCAUGUCUCCAAUGAGGAAGAGGAUAGUGGUGAUGACGAACGAGCAGAAGAGGAAGAAGACGAAGAAGAAGAGACGAUGGAAGCCAUCGAGUUGCAAGAGGAGACGGAUGGCCAGCAGCCACGCGAUUCAGAGGAAGUUCGCUCCGAAAUUGACCAGUUGUCGAAUCACUUCACGUCAUCGACAGUCCUGGAGAUUAAAAAGAACAACGCAACGCGGAUGCCGGAUCAGUUUUCUGUUGCCGGUUCCACUGCUCGGAGCCGGCCCACGAAACCCGCUGGCUGGUCCAUCUAG